AUGAUACCUGAACAUCCUGGAGGUGAAGAAGUUCUGCUGGAGCAGGCUGGUAAGGAUGGUACCGAGGCUUUCGAGGAUGUAGGUCACAGCUCGGAUGCCCGUGAACUUAUGAGGAAAUACAAAAUAGGAGAAAUUGUCGAACACGAGCGCAAAAAGACCCAAGAAAAGGCACUUCCAGACUGGAGCAACCAACAAGCUGGCGAGGACAAAGAAAACUCACUGAAAACAUGGAUUCUCCCUAUUGUUCUGGGCAUUUUAGCGACACUUCUCUACCGAUUUUAUGUGUUACAAUAAUCACUUUUAUUUUUAACUGAAAUAUCACAUAUUAGAAAAAGGUAAGGUACGAGGCACCACCCAUGCUGAUUCUUCAGAUAAGUAAUUGACUUUGAAACUUCUAUUUCGUUGUAACAACCAUUUUCGUAAUUUCAAUCGCGCUGUUAAUUUUUGAAUCUAGUUUUUCUUAAGAUAAUUUACUUGUUUAAUUUAACUAUAUAUUAUGAAAUGUGGUAGCAUUUUUUCAAUGAACACUGUCUUGAUUAAUAUUUAGAUUAAUUUGAAAUAUCAUAUUGUUUCUAUGAUAAAAAGCCUACUUAUUUUGCGGACCAAACAAAUAUUAAUUCUUUUAAUUGUGUGGUUUUUUUCUCCACUAGAGUAGAUUUUAUUGAAACGAUUUAGAUAUAGUUUGAAAUUAUAUACAUGAGACACAUCGUCUAGAUCGUUGUGAAACAUUUCAGGAUCAGAUACAUAUGAGUAUCUUGCACAAUGGCACCAUAAUUUUAGUGGCAUAAUUUAGGUUCAUGCGCCAUUUGAAGUGAA